UAUCCAAACCAACACGAAAAGCUAUCUUCAGUAGUCUUAACACACUGCAACUCUCUCUCUCUCUUCUCUCUCUCUCAAGCCAUGGCCUAUGCUGCGAGGCUACUUCUCCAUCCAGCACGUGUCAACUGGCACGUGCAACUCUCCUCCCCUUCCCCUCCGGCCGUUGUUUCCCGGUCACCAGUACUCACCGGCGGUUGGAACAAAGACAACAACCGCCUGCUUACCAAGAUCGGACAAUUAUCCGGCCAACGGAAUCUGAUUUCAGUGGCAAAGUCUUCGCCGAAAAGUGACGGCAUUGUACCAGCUGAUGACGGAGUCUCCUUGGGGACCAUGAAAUUGCCUCCGAAUACCGAUCUUCAGAGAUUCGAGACCUUGCUCUUUCAGUGGGCUAAUAGUCUUUCCCAAGGAGCUAAUCUGCCACUUCCUGAACCUCUAAAGGUAGACAAAGUAGCUGGUGGAGCAAGACUGGGUUUUAUUACAAUCGAUGAUGAUGGGAAGACUGAGGUACUCGUGUACAUAGAUUGCUUGGUUUUUCCAGCAACUGCUGGUUCUGGUCCCAUUUUCCGAGCUACAAGAAAUGGACGCUUAAAAGAUCGAUCACCUCCUGGUGAGCCGAGAAUCAUGAGAAGUCUACAGGAAGCCCUCAAGAAGUCAGUUGAAAUCGCUAGAUUGUGAAUGACUAUUAUAUUCUAUUUCAAAUGAAACAAAAUUUAGGUUAUAUAUGUUGAAUUAUUUUAAUGUGUCCAUGCUUGUUUUAUACUGCAAUGAAGCUUGGUUUCUGUGGAGA